AUGAUAAGUGAUGAACUAGAAAGUGAUGAAAUGAAAGGGAGUGGGGAAAUAGAAAAUAAGGAAAAAGAAAAUAAGGAAAUAGAAAGUGGCGCAAAUAAACCAGAGGGCGAAGAUACAAAUUUAGAAGACAAUGUUAACAUAAAUAAAAUAGUUGCAAUUAUGUCAAUUAAAGAACCUGAUACAUUAACAAAAAUAUUUAAUCUUAUGAAAACAAACAAUUGUUUAAAUUAUUAUCCAUUACUUACACCAUAUCAUAAUAUCGAAAAACUAGUAAAUAUAUUAUUAGAAGAAAAUUAUGAAUAUGAAAACACAUGGUGUGUCCAUUAUAAUGCUAGUUUUAUUUGUAAAUUAUUUUAUGAAGGUUUUAUACCAGUUGCUAGUAAACAAAAAGUUCAAGUUAUAGAAAACUUUAAACCGAAAAUAUAUAAAGAAUAUUUAUUAAUACCAAAAAUUCAUUUUAUUCGAUCUUGUAUGCAUCCAAGUGAAAUCCAUAUAUCAAAAAAAGUUAAAAAAAAAUGUAAACAAUUUUAUAUUACUAUAAAUAAAGAUUUUGAUGGAGUUGUUAAAGGUAUUGUAGAAAAACAUGGACAAAAUUGGUUAUAUCCAUUUAUACAAAAUGAAUUUAAAAAAAUAUUUGAAAAAAAAGUUAAAUAUAAAAAUGUCCAAAUGCAUUCUGUUGAAUUAUGGCAUGAAGAUAAAUUAGUUGCUGGUGAAUUAGGAAAUACAGUUGGAUCUAUUUAUACAAGUUUAACUGGGUUUCAAAGACAAAGUUCAGCAGGGACUAUACAAUUAUGUGCUUUAGCAAAGUUAUUAGAAUUUCAAAAAUUUCAAUUAUGGGAUUUAGGAAUGUUAUUACCUUAUAAAAAGGAAAUUGGAUCUAAAGAAAUAUCCAUGAAAGAAUUUUUUGAUAGACAUAGAAAAUUUAAGUAUAUAGAUGCAGAAUUUAAAAUUCCAUUUAUGGAUAAACUUAAUUGUGCAGUAUUAAUACGAGGUGUUGAUCCAUCCGAUUCUACCAUACAAUUAAAUCAAUCCAAUCCCACAUAA